CGCUUAUUACGUGACGUCACGCGGAGUAUAAGAAGUAAAACUGAUACGAGGAAGAGGAGUAAUUCAUGAACGAUUUCCAUGUCCUUCGGUCAUACCAGGUCAUAGCUCUUCAAUUUGACCGAGUUCUUUGAACUAAAAGUGUUAUACACCCGUUCGGGUACAUUUGACCUACUCUUUGGUUUGCGCGUAGUAGGUUAAAAAAUGCGACUUUACUUCCUAAGCACGCUCCUGUGCUUACUCCUGUGGGAAUGUCGAGCGAAUCCCAUCAUCACCAUCACGGCGGAUAAUGAAGGUCGAUCGUUAGACCCCAAAACCGAAUUAGCCAUAGAAAAAGAAGGUAUAGCCCAAGAACAAACGCAGGGCGUAUUCAAGACUGAAACUAGUGCAACAAAGACUGAAAAAGAACCCGCACUCGUAGCACCAGUAGCACAAGCUGAACCUGUAGCACCUGUAGCACCAGUAGCACAAGUUUCACCAGUUAAACGAGUUGCAUCAGCGACACCGGUAGCAUCAGCGGUCGCAUCUGCGGUACAAUCAGUGAUAGCAUCAGCGGUACCAUCAGAAGAAACAGUAGCUAAAACCGAGGAAAAGACUGUCAGCGAGGAUAAAAUUGCGACGAAAGAAGAAAAGAGCAUUAAAGAGGUCGAAAGCAAGCCUGUCAGCAGUGCUGACUUAGUGCCUAUUAAAAAAAAUGAAUCGAAAAAGCCGGAAACUACAGUCGCUGUGAAGAAAAUUAAGACCAAGGGCAAGGUAAAGGGCCGUCAAUCUGGUGAUGAUGACGACGAUGACGACGACGAUGAUGACGACGAUUUAGAUCUAGGAGUCGGAGGUGAUGAUGACGACGAUGAUGAUGACGACGAUAGCCCAGCCGAAGAUGACGAUGAUGACGAUGAUGAGGACGACUAUUUUGGAAGUUUUUUAGAUGACAUUCUAGGCGGUGACGAUGACGACGAUGAUGACGACGAUGACGACGACGAUGACGAACCAUCAGCCGCACAACCUGUAGAACCGACAGUGGUAGAACCUGUACAACCAGUACAACCGAUAGAACAGGAACCCUCUGUAGCUGAGCUGUCCCCACAAGAAGAACUAGACGCACAAGAAGCAGCUGCAGGCGAAGCUGGCUUGGAAGCAUCCGGUACGGACCAACCUAUACUCGAAUCGUCGGAGGUAGUUGUAAAAGACCCGUUCCCCGCUCAGCAAGCGGUUGAAAACUCAGUGGAACCCGUUGUGGUUCAGCAGGUGCCAGCUAACGACGACGACGAUGACGACGAUGACGACGACGACGAUGACGAUGACGACGAUGACGCAUUAGGCGGUCUCGUUGACGACGAUGACGAUGACGACGACGAUGACGAUGACGACACUAACGAUGACGACGACGAUGAUGACGAUGAUGACGACGAAACGGAUCUAGAAGAUAUCAUCGAAACGAAGAGAUCACGUGAGUCAAAAAAAAUAAAACAUAAUAAGAAGUCGAAAAAGUCUAGGAAACAUCAUCUACAGAAAAUUUUAAAUAAAGUGAGAUAGAUAGCGGAGUGGUAGUUGUAGAGACUUGUUUUUCUUUGGUUAAUGUUUGACACUGCUUUUUGAAUACUGUACAAAAGAGAUUUUGGAAAUGGAGGAAAUUUCCGUUGUAGGUCUUUUUCGAAAAAAUUUAAUUCUGGUUCUUCGUAACCUUUUUUAUUAUCAUUAAUUACUAAGCUAUCUAAGAGACUGGGAGGUAUCCAUUUCAAAUUAAUAUAAAGCGGAAAUAAAUACAAAAAAAUAUAUAAUCUCUGAAAAAAAAAGGUGAUAUUUUCUAAGAAAUAUCAAAUUUUUGAUCUCAGAUACAGGAUAGUACCACCAUAAAUUAAUCAAAUUUGCCUUUCAAACUUUGAGCAUUUCUCUGUACAAACAUUAUUCAACAUUCUCGUAUUUAUAUAGAUUUUAACAUGAGAUAUAGAUAGAAAAUAAUUGAAGUCUUCAACUUUGGAAAGAGAGAGAAACUUUCUAUGAAAAAUAUUUUUUAGAGAAUCAAAAGUGCUCCUUCUAGAAAUAAUUCAAAAAUGCUUUCCAAAUUUAGAACAUUUUCUGUAGGUAUAGUGAAAAUAGUUGAAAAAAUUCUGUUUUCAUCUUUGAAAACAGCAAGACAUUUUCAAUACGUUUAUGGGUAGCCGAAAAUCCCUAUAUACAGGGUGUACCAUUUUCCUCUCAUUCUCUUAGAUAUUUUCCAACAACAAAAUUUUAAUAUAUCGAAAUUCUCUAAAUGUAGGAAUUUUUAAUCCAUUUUUCUGUAUUAUAAACACACUUUUUUAAAGCAAAAACACCUCAUUUUUAGCAAAUUAAGUAUGAAAAUGUAGCCAGUAGUAUUUAUACAUUAUUUAUUUAUUUAUAUUUAUUUAAAAAUUAAUGCUUUAUGCAUUACUCUAGG